AUGAUAGAAGAAGGGACGAAUGAGGUGGAUUUUGAACAAAUGUCUUUAGAUUGGGUGUUCAAUGAACUUAUUGCGGCAGGUCGGAUAGGGCAAGAGGCUGUUUGCCCCACUAAUGCACUUUGUUUAUGUCAGAGUAAAGAAGGAAGAUCUGUGAAAAAGUGUGUAACUUUUAGAAUGUUUUUGCAAAAGAUGGUGGAUAACAAGUUUAUAGAGAUUGGUUGUACCCGCAAAAGUGGAGAGAUUGCAGUCAUUGGGGAAAACGGGCCGGUAUAUCAUCAGUGCACUAAUCAACCAUUCAUACCUACCAUGAACAAGGCUCUUCCCACACAGGAAGCGCCAGCUCGCUUGGUGAUCUCUACUCCCAGGCCAUUCCCAUACAAGAGUAACCAAGCAGUACCCUGGAAACAUGAAUGUGAAGCGUAUGUCGAAGGAAGCACCAGCAAUAUAGCAGGGGUGAAAGGGAUAACUCGAAGUGGUAGGGUGUAUAUGCCAGAUCCUUCUAAAACAAAUCGACAAAAUGUAGGGGAACCAGACAGGGCAGUGAAAAGUCCAAUAUCUAAUGGAGAGGCCGAAGAAUUCCUGAAGAUAAUAAAGCAUAGCGAGUACAACAUCGUGGACCAACUAAAGAAAAUGCCAGCUCACAUAUCUGUUUUGUCACUUCUACUAAAUUCAGAAACCCAUCGGAAGGCGUUACUUAAAGUCCUGAAUCAAGCCUACAUUCCCCAAGAUAUCAGCGUUGAUAAAUUCAAUCAUGUGAUCGGAAGUCUAGCAUCCUCCAAUUACAUCACUUUUACUGAUGAAGAAAUUCCGCCAGAAGGCCAGGGGCACAACAAGGCGCUGCAUAUAUCCACCAAAUGUAAGGAUCAUAUGAUGUCUCGAGUCCUGAUAGAUAAUGGAUCAUCCCUCAAUGUUAUGCCAAUGACUACACUGCAAAGGUUACCCAUUGACCCUUCUUAUGUGACACCAAACAAUUUGGUGGUGCGUGCCUUCGAUGGGACACGAAGAGAGUCAGUAGGGUCGCUUGACAUCCCUAUUCAGAUUGGACCCGUAACCUUCAAUAUCACUUUUCAAGUCAUGGAUAUUACGCCUUCAUACAGUUGUCUCUUGGGAAGGCCUUGGAUACAUAAUACUGGGGUAGUUCCCUCCUCUUUGCAUCAGCUAGUGAAAUUUAUAGUAGGGGAUAAACUGGUAUGUGUUUAUGGAGAAACCGAUAUAAUGGUUACUAAACCUUCUUCCACUCCCUAUGUGGAAGCAGCUGAAGAAGCCCAUGAAGAUUCAUUCCGAGCAUUUGAGAUCAUCAACGUCAUUACUAUAAUGGAGGGAUCUUUUAUCCCUCAACCUCGGAUCUCUUCUUCCACGCGCAUGGUGGCCGCUGAAAUGAUUAAAUCAAGGGAUAGGGAUAAUAAUCAUACCAGUAUUCAGGAGCCAGAAAUUGAUGUUAACUUUGAAAACUUAAUCCUAGAAGCUGAAAUAGAAGAGGAGACUGACUUAUCACCUGAAAUGCAAAGAAUGUUGAAAUCAGAUGAAAAACCAACUUUAACCAGUAGCGACCCCACGGUCACAAUAAAUUUGGGGACUGAUGAGGAACCAAAAGAAGUAAAAAUCGGGGCACUGUUGGGAGGAAAAGAAAGAUGCGAAAUGAUAAACCUUUUGAAGGAAUACCAAGAUGUUUUCGCAUGGUCCUAUCAGGACAUGCCGAGUUUGGAUACGGACUUAGUAACACAUAAAAUACCCAUUUACCCAGAUAGCAAACCAGUAAAACAGAAACUGAGGAGAAUGCGCCCAGAUAUGUUGAUCAAAAUAAAAGAAGAGGUACAAAAGCAGUUUGAGGCUGGUUUUUUAGAAGUAGCCAAAUAUCCAAAGUGGAUGGCCAAUGUAGUUCCAAUAAUGAAGAAAAAUGGAAAAGUGAGAGUCUGUGUUGACUAUCGAGACUUGAAUAAAGCUAGCCCUAAAGAUAAUUUCCCACUUCCACACAUAGAUGUGCUGGUAGACAAUACCGCGGGACAUGCCCUGUUUUCAUUCAUGGAUGGGUUUUCUGGAUAUAAUCAAAUUAAGAUGGCCCCAGAAGAUAAAGAUAAGACCACGUUCAUCACCUUAUGGGAGACCUUUUGCUACAAGGUUAUGCCCUUUGGUUUAAAGAAUGCAGGGGCAACCUAUCAGAGAGCCAUGGUAACGCUAUUCCAUGACUUGAUGCAUAAGGAGAUAGAAGUAUAUGUGGACGACAUGAUUGUUAAGUCUCGAGAUGAGUAUAGCCAUGUAAUGAACUUAAGGAAGCUAUUUAAAAGGCUACGAAAAUGUCAACUGAAAUUAAAUCCAGAAAAAUGUACAGUCGGAGCUUCUUCAGGAAAAUUGUUGGGAUUUAUCGUAAGUGAGAAAGGGAUCGAAGUAGACCCAGAUAAAAUAAAAGCUAUUCGAGAAAUGCCUAGUCCCAAAACUGAAAAAGAAGUCAGGAGUUUCCUAGGCCAAUUGAACUACAUAGCUCGAUUUAUAUCUCAGUUGACUGCUACUUGUGAGCCCAUAUUUAAGCUGUUGAAGAAGGAUAACCCCGAAAAAUGGAGUGAAGAAUGUCAGAAAGCUUUUGAGAAAAUAAAAGAAUAUUUAUUGAACCCUCCAGUUUUGGUUCCCCCUGUACCUGGAAGGCCUCUUAUAUUGUACUUAGUAGUAUCAGAGAAUUCCAUGGGGUGUGUGUUAGGACAACACGAUGAGUCUGGAAGAAAGGAGCGCGCCAUCUAUUAUUUAAGCAAAAAGUUCACGGAAUACGAAUCUAGGUACUCUAACUUGGAGAAGACGUGUUGCGCUUUGGUGUGGGUGGUUAGUAGAUUAAGGCAAUACACGCUGUAUUACACAACAUGGCUGAUUUCUAAAAUGGAUCCGAUUAAGUAUGUUUUCGAGAAACCUGCAGUAACAGGACGGAUGGCUCGUUGGCAAAUGUUGUUGACUGAAUAUGAUAUUACAUAUGUGACGAGAAAAGCCGUCAAAGGGAGCAUUAUAGCAGAAUAUUUGGCUGAUAGGGCCGUUAAUGAUUACCAAUCCAUGGAGUUUGACUUCCCGGAUCAAGAUAUUGAUUCAAUUGAUCAAGAAAAGGAAGGUAAUGUUGGGUGGAUGAUGCUAUUUGAUGGGGCGACCAAUGUAUGGGGGCAUGGAAUAGGGGCUGUACUCAUAUCACCAGAGGGUAAAUAUUACCCAGUCACAGCCAAACUCACCUUUCCGUGUACCAAUAAUAUAGCUGAGUAUGAAGCGUGCGUAUUGGGCUUACAGGCGGCUAUUGACCGAGGCAUUAAAAAAUUGGUUGUAAAAGGAGAUUCUGCUUUGGUAAUUUAUCAGUUGACUGGAAAGUGGGAAACCCGGGAUUCCAAAUUAAUACCAUACCAGGAGUUCAUUCAGGAAAUGAUGCAGGAAUUCGAUGCCAUCAGUUUUUCGCAUUUACCGAGAGAGAGUAACUUAAUCCCUGAUGCGCUAGCAACAUUGGCGGCUUUAUUUAAGGUCGAAGCCGGAAUAGAGAUUGAACCUGUUGGCCUUACAAGGCUUAAAAUCUUGGAACCUGCAUAUUGUAUAAUGACGGAAGAAGCCGAUGGGAAGCCAUGGUUUCAUGAUAUCAAAACAUACAUUCAAUGGAAGGAGUAUCCCAUAGGAGCCUCUAAUAAUGACCGAAAGACAAUUCGGAGGCUAGCUAUGGGAUUCUUCUUAGAUGGGGAGAUAUUGUAUAAAAGGAACCAUGAUAUGACCCUCCUACGGUGCGUGGAGUUGCAAGAGGCCAGACAAAUCAUACAGGAAGUACACGACGGCGUUUGUGGGACCCAUGCGGGAGGACACUCGUUAGCCCGAAAAAUCCUAAGGAGUGGAUACUAUUGGAUAACCAUGGAACGGGAUUGUAUGGAGUAUGUUCGAAAGUGCCAUAAGUGUCAAAUCUAUGGAGAUCGCAUACAAGUCCCACCCACUCAACUCCAGGUUUUAUCUACACCUUGGCCUUUCUCAGCAUGUGGCAUGGAUGUGAUCGGACCGAUAACCCCGAAGGCCAGUAAUGGGCAUCGAUUCAUUUUUGUGGCCAUUGACUACUUCACAAAAUGGGUAGAAGCAGCAUCAUACUCUAAUGUCACUCAAAAUGUAAUCAAUCGUUUUAUCAGGAGAGAAUUAAUUUGCAGGUAUGGGAUCCCAGAAAGGAUAAUAUCAGACAAUGCUAAAAACUUGAACAACGAGGUCAUGACAAAAUUAUGCAGUCAGUUCAAGGUCAAGCAUCAUAAUUCAGCCCCCUAUCGACCUCAAAUGAAUGGAGCGGUGGAAGCAGCCAAUAAGAACAUCAAGAGCAUCUUGGAAAAAAUGACGGAGACCUAUAGAGAUUGGCAUGAGAAGUUACCUUUCGCUUUAUUGGCCUAUCGAACCACUGUUCGAACAUCUACAGGGGCUACCCCUUUCUCUUUGGUAUACGGAAUGGAGGCCGUAAUUCCGAUAGAAGUUGAGAUUCCAUCGUUACGAGUCUUAAAAGAAGCAGAGUUAACCGAAGCAGAAUGGGUGCAAUCUAGAUAUGACCAGUUGAAUCUGAUUGAAGAAAAAAGAUUGACAGCUAUAGUUCAUGGGCAGUUAUACCAAAGGAGAAUGAUGAGAGCUUUUAACAAGAAAGUGCGUAUUCGACGGUUUCAAGAAGGAGAUCUAGUUUUGAAAAAGAUUUUACCAAUUCAUAAUGACCCCCGAGGUAAGUGGACCCCAAAUUAUGAAGGGCCGUAUGUGGUAAAGAAAGCAUUUUCAGGAGGUGCCUUAUUAUUAUCAGACAUGGAUGGAGCCGAUCUGGCGCACCCCACAAACUCAGAUACGAUAAAGAAAUAUUUUUCUUAG